ACAAUUUGAAAAAAAAAGAAACAAGAUAAUGUUGCAAAUCUCUCACUGGAAGCCUUAAAUGUCUCAUUUUUGUCUCAAUUUUGGCCAAAUGUCUCACUUCCUUGAACGGAGUGCUAGUAAGUAGUUAUGGAAUGUGUGGUGUUUCGGGUUGCAUUUCAUGUUCCGCUGUAUUGAGGUGAGGUGUAUUGAAAACAAGAAAAACCUAGAAUGUUGUGAAUUAACGUUGAACCCGGCAAAUGUUUCAGCACAUUUCUAGUAUAGUUACGUAAAUGACAAUGACCGUAAGCCACUGCGAGUCAAUUUUCUACAAGUCCUACUUACUUAUUUCGCAUUUUUACCCACCGGCGGAUGAAUCAGCCUUCCAAAAAUUCCAGCGCAAAUCCUCGAGCAAUACCGGUACCGGUAGUCAUCAUGAUUGAAUAUUGCGACGUGCACGUUUUGCUGUUGCUUUUUUAAGCAAGUAAAAGUGAUAGGUUGACCUAUAACAAUUAGUUGUUAAAACAGUGUAUAACUAUACCAAGUUGUCCGAAAUCACGUUACCAAAAGUUACUUUCGACGCUAGCGGGGUAGCGUGGCAGGUGUCUGAAGUUGUCCGAAGUUACAUGAAGUCACUAAAGUUGUCUGUAAAAACUGACUUGUAAUAGUGAAUGAUAAAAUAAAUUCAAAAGUGCUAAAUAUUAUCGGGCCGUUAGUCGUGUUCCUUCGGCAGCCAAGAGACCUUCGCCCGCCUAUCUAAAUCAGCGCCACGGAGGAGUUGAGUCUAGGAGAAUUUGUCCGACCCUAGAACUAGUUCUCAACUCAAGUCUAGGAGAAUUUGUCAGACGCUAGAACUAGUUCUCAACUCAACUCCUCCGUGGCGGUAAUGGACCUUCUUUGGCCGGCUAUCUUCUCUGGCCAAUUAAUACCCUUUUAGGCCGAUUUCUACGAUUUAUUCACCCCGCAAAAGAAGCCUGGUGGAGACUAAGGCGACUCGCCUCUCACCAACUGUCAACAACUGUCUGACUCUGUCCUUUCCAUUAUCCCACGGCUUGCUUUUCAUGCAGACGGAGACGGCAAGUGCAAGGCUAUGUCUAGACAAAGACACCAAGGGGUUGUCUUUCCAGGUUGUUGUCACAAAGUGAUUAGCUUUGAUGUUUACGCAUUUCAAAGGUCUUCAAAGUCAACAAUCCUUUUGUAAUACAUUUUCACACAUCCAUGGUAGGAGUCCUGGAUUUAACAUCCAUGAAUAUGCAUGAUAUCUGUCAGCUAAUUACAGGGCGGAACGGAUGAUGAAAAGCAGAACAAGGUUAAGACGAAUUUUCCCAUUCUUACAGUAGCACAAACUUGACAGGUUCUUUGUUGGCUGAAGAAAGUUUUUACAGACUAAUGGCCUGGAACGUCGAUGUUUUGGAUUUUUGCACUGGAUUUUUUUUCACCCAACCCCCCAAAAAUUCCAGUGCAAAAGAGAAACCCCGAUAAAAAAAGCCUAAAAACACGCUAAAAAUAACCCCAAACCCAAACUUCUGCUUGGAGAGUAGUCUAUUGACGCAUCCAUGAGAGGUUGGUCUGGACGUGACAAGUUACUCGCGGUGGUCCUUUGAAAUUGACAAUUAUUUACGACCUCGGGGACAACAUAAGGCCUGAGACGCGGUACCGUUCAGUCAUUUCCCGUUUGAACGGAGCCGGCGCGGCGUCCCUCCUUCACGGUCGAUCUGAUCAUACUUCUAUCUCGCGACAUUGUGUUUUCUUUCUUCAUCGAAGUACUCUCUAAUUCAAGAGGCUGGAGUUUCUUGGAAACUCGACAUGGACGAGGAAAAACAGCUGUGGCAGGCAAUCACUGAAGAGGAUUCUGACGCAUGGUGGACAGUUGACCAAGAUGACUGCAAGCAGGCAAUCUUGUACAUCGGCCACAAGACACUUGACGAGUUCCUAGGUAAUCCGGAAAAGUCUGUUGUGACCACCUUUGAACGACCAACUACAACUGAAGUCAAGUUCAGCCAUGUGAAGGUGCGGUUUGCAGAGGCUGCCAGGAAACCAGCUCUCCUGCCUCUACAACACUUCCGGCCGACCUACUCUUUCCUGGGAAGAGAUCAUCUAUGUGAGUGCAUCACAGCGGAUCAGUUUGUGGAGGCAUGGAGCAAACUGAUUUAUUUGUUCCCGGAAGGAAAGGAAAGGGAUGAAAGCAGCAAGGAGGGUGAAAGUUUUGAAAAUGAGGAUUCUGAAAAUGACAACGAUGACCUUCCCAACAGUCCUAACAGCCCGGAUGACACCAACAAAAGUGUUCAAGAUAAUCCCAGCAGCCCGGAUGCUCCCAACAGCCCGGAUGAAACCAACACAAGUGUUCAAGAUAAUCCCAGCAGCCCGGAUGCUCCCAACAGCCCGGAUGAAACCAACAAAAGUGUUCAAGAUAAUCCCAGCAGCCCGGAUGCUCCCAACAGCCCGGAUGAAACCAACAAAAGUGUUCAAGAUAAUCCCAGCAGCCCGGAUGCUCCCAACAGCCCGGAUGAAACCAACAAAAGUGUUCAAGAUAAUCCCAGCAGCCCGGAUGCUCCCAACAGCCCGGAUGAAACCAACACAAGUGUUCAAGAUAAUCCCAGCAGCCCGGAUGCUCCCAACAGCCCGGAUGAAACCAACAAAAGUGUUCAAGAUGUUCCCAGCAGCCCAGAUGACACCACCAAAAGUGUUCAAAAUGCUCCCAACAGCCCGGAUGACACCACCAAAAGUGUUCAAGAUGUUCCCAACAGCCCGGAUGACACCACCAAAAGUGUUCAAGAUGCUCCCAACAGCGCGGAUGACACCACCAAAAGUCAGGAAAAGAAAGAACAGAACGAACAGUUGUUGGCUGUAGCAGAUUCAUGUGUUGGAACUUUCACUCUCGACAUUGAACAGCUAGAGCACCCACAAAAGUCCAGGCAGGUCAGAGUACUGAAUGAGAGGCAUGUUGAAACAUUAAAAAAAAGCUUUCUGGCCUCCGGAAAGAUGACCUUCCAAUCAGCUGGGUCCUUAGUCGGGAUCAUCAGGAAGGAGGACUGUCCUUCUGUCGAAGACUUUGACAAAAAUAAAUUGUCGACCUAUAGAAUAGAAGUUAUUGACGGCAACCAUAGACUGGAAGCGCAACGAAGAGCACUUGAGUCCACAACGAGUCCAGAGCAAAGGAAGACUUUCUGCAAGAGAAGGGUCACCCUGUAUGCAGGCCUGCAGAACCACAUGUGCCUGGCUGCGGGGCUGUACUACAACGAUACAGUGGGAAAGCAGCAUAUGUCCAUGAGUGACAUGGACAUGACAGAACUGUUCAGGAAAGUCCUCGUGGAUGAUUUCCUCAAAAUAUCAGAGGAAAAACUGGCAGAAAACGAGGACUUGGUUGGGCCGAAGGACUUCUUCAGCCAUGUGCGGGACAAAAUCCUUCAGUUACAAGCACAGCACAAGAAGGAAGACCUGAAAAAGAAGUUCGAUACAUUCAGACUGCGUCUGAGGCUUGCCCAGCUCAGCCCCCGAUGCUACAAGCUGGCCAUGCUGUUCUUCAAAGCUGAGAAGGCUCGGGGGCAGGACCUCAAAGCAUCCAAUUUCAAGUGGAUUCAAGGGCUGUCGGAGAAGGACAUCUACAGGUUGCUGUGUAAGGCAACUGCAGAACAUCCAGUCACUCGAAAACACCUUAAGGAGGCAGCUGAAGAAGCUGAGGGUCAGAAAGGGAUGGACAUGUGUCAGAUGACACUUACUGGCAACUGCAUUGAGCUAAAACAAGGAAGCAGAAAAAUGAUGUACAAGUGUAUGGAGGUGACAAGUGGGGGAAAGACCAGAAUCUUCACAGCAGAACAACUACAGUCAUGCUUAUCAGGUACAUGUAAACCUUCCACCUCAUCCACAGCAAAAAGGAGGACGACAUCUGCCACUCAAGGGACCGGGUUGUCCCCAGCAAAAAAGAGGCGGACAACUGCCACUCCAGGAACAGCGUCGUCUUCAGCAAAAAGGACAUCUGCCAGUGCCACUCCAGGAACAGCGUCGUCUUCAGCAAAAAGGAAAUCUGCCAGUGCCACUCCAGAAACAGCGUCGUCUUCAGCAAAAAGGACAUCUGCCAGUGCCACUCCAGGAACAGCGUCGUCUUCAGCAAAAAGGACAUCUGCCAGUGCCACUCCAGGAAAAGCGUCGUCCCCAGCAAAAAGGAAAUCUGCCAGUGCCACUCCAGGAACAGCGUCGUCCCCAGCCAAAGAAAGGAAGAAUCAAAGCGGGAAGAUGACUGGUGUAGAAAAACAGUACCAGGCAGCAAGUGUAGCACUCCAGCAGGCAGCCAUCGACCACAGUGAGCCCUACUUCGAGGAUGUUAGGCUGGACAUACCAAGCCUGAAAGUAGGGGACAUUGUGGUUGUCGACCCGGGGAAAAAGCAGUACGUCGCCGAGGAGCCGUGGUUAGUUGUGGUAAUGGAAGUUAAACGGGCAAAUGCCACAGUAAAGUUCCUAUCAGGUGGAUUUGGGAAAGCGUGGGAUGUAAGCCCAUAUGAUACAACAGUGUGCAGUAUAAAGAAGGUGGUAGCAAAGGUUUGGUUUCAUAUGUUCCCUCUUGGAACGAAAAAAAUGCCGGAGGACAUAGAGAAGAAAGUGAAAGACCUCCAUGGGUUACUGGCACAGAAGUAAAAUCAUGUCUUCCCAAACCAACUUUGUGAUCACUGUUGUAAGUACAUGUACAUGUAUACUCUUUCGGUGUCUAUGUUUAUGCACUCAACAAGCCACCUUGUCAGAAAUGCUGUUCGAAACUCUUGAAAUAGAAAAAUGCAGUCAAACUCAAACCUUUGAAUGAUACUUAAAUAGACGUAGGAAUAACAAGUGAACAAUUAAGUCUUAACUUGUCUGAUACAAAUGUAUACUGUAUGUUUUAAAGCCAUUAAAUCUUGAAGUGGCAGACAUUUGUCAGUCAAAUGGAUGUAUGUAUCAUGUUAAGCAUUGUGGAAAGUGACAAUUGUGUUAAACUGCACCCAUUUCUCAUAUUGUGUAAGCGUAAGAGUUUGAUGAGAUUUAAGACUACUUGGAUUUUUAUCUAAAAUUGUUGUUAAUGCUCAUGCAUAUGUUUCAGGCAGAACUUUUAAUUUCAUUUGUAUUGUAGUCAUUUUGUCAUGAAGUGACUUUACUUUGCUUGGAUUUGUGACUGGAAAAUACCCAGGCAUGCCUUCCCACACAACACCAUUUUUUCCAUUUAUCUACUGUUAAGUUUUACAUUAAAAGACACCUUGACUUGAAA